CGCCUGUGCCUCAUCCAGCUGCUGGGCGGAGAUGGCCAUCAUGGGGGCGGCUGCCUCCACAAUCAACGCUUCAUGGAGUCAGGCGCUAGCAUUACAACAGAGAACACAGCGUCAGGGCUCACGCUGGAUUCACCCUGACCCUGGCCCUGACCCUGACCCUCUCACAUGCCUCCCGCUCCUCCAAGGCCCCCAGCGGGGCCGGCGGGAGCCUAUAAGCCGGGUGCCGCUGGGCUCAGGCGCAGCCCUUCCCGCAGCCAUGGACCCCCGCCCGCUCCCCUGGGCGCUGGUGCUGCUGAGCUCGGCCCUGGUCGUGACGCUGGGCCGCGCGCCCACCCCGGAGGGGCCGGAGAAGCUGUGUGGCCACCAUUUCGUCCGCGCGCUGGUGCGAGUGUGUGGGGGCCCGCGCUGGUCCCCCGAGACCGGGCGGCCAGUGGCUGGCGGAGACCGUGAGCUGCUGCAAUGGCUGGAAGGACGACAUCUCCUCCAUGGCCUGGUGGCCGAGGACCAAAUGCUGGUACUCGACCCACAGCCCCUGCCCCAGGCCUCUCACCAUCACCACCACCACCACCACCAUCGCCGGGCAACUGCCACCAACCCUGCCCGCCACUGCUGCCUUAGCGGCUGCACCUGGCAAGACCUACUGACCCUCUGUCCCCACUGAGCCCUCCUAGGGCAGGGCCUCGGGGAGUCAGAGACCCAGAAGUUCUGGUUUGGUGACCUCCUGAAGCCAUACAGCACCAUAAAGCCCCAUGUCUGGGGGAUUGUUGAUUACAUCCUGGGACAGGGGACUCACCACCUACCCUAGGUCACCCAACUUCAAUGGGGUCAACUCAGGGGGGUGGGGGCACCCUACCACCCUGGCUUGGAGAAUCCUUGAUUUUACAAUGUCAGACACGGAGGGUCAAAUGUUCUCACCUCCAAGGAGCCCUCUCUGUACUUGUAAAACCCCAUCUUGCUGUCUCCCCAAUAAUAAAUAAAUAAAACUCCUGCAGAAUUCAAAGCAGCUUUAUGGCAUUUUCUCAAGAAAAAGGGA